AUGAAACUUUUCGAACAAGAGCACAAGUACCAAUAUGACUGGGACACAGUUACAUCUGCAUUUUGGUUGAAAUAUCCGAAUAGCGUUCAGAAGCAUAUAAAGAAUAUUGAUGUUAUUGGUAGGAGCAUUGAUACAAAUGAGAAAACAUUGAAAUUGAAAAGGAUCAUUCACCUUCAGUAUUAUAUACCUAACAUAUUUAAAAACCUCUUUAACAUUGAUGGCAAAGGGCUAGCUCUUGAGGAAAUUAUUAUCAACUUAAGAGAGAAAAAACUGACAGUAAACACCGUCAAUUAUACCUUAAAUCCUUUAAUUAAUAUAUCAGAGGAAUGCGUGUACUUUCAAAAGGACAAUGAUGUGAAUCAAACUUAUUACAAGCAGGUUACAACUCUAAACAUUAAAGGCCUUGGGUAUAUGAAAAACCUUGUGGAAAACACAAUAAUAAACACAAUAAAAGAAAAAAGCAAGCAAGGGAUAAACAUAAUGAAUGAUACCAUUAAAAAAACUAUAAAUGACAGCAUACACAUUAAUAAUAGUGAAAUAUAUAUAGAAAAGCUGGAAAAAAAUAAAAAAUGA